GGUGUAAAAGCCAACCACUCCUUACAAAACCUCUUGCUACGGUGGCUCCUUGGGCCUCCCCGUCUAGGAGACACGUCCGCUUUGUUUCGUGCCAGGGCAAGAUCAGCUGGUGUUGCAGCUCUUACACUUCAUGGAGAUGGUUUGGGAAGAGCGCCUUCCCUCCGAAGAAAGUGAACUGUUGCGUUUCGUUCCUUAUCGUGUGCUUGCGAUGACUCCAGACGCUGGCUACAUCAAAUUUGUUCCUGGUGCAGUCUCCCUCUCUAAAGCGUUUGCCUCGAGCAACGGUGAUUUGGCCGCGUGGCUUUCCACACAUCAACCGCGGCAGAUGACGAAAGAAAGGGUGCUGAGUAACUUGUGUGGGAGCGCGGCGGCCUAUUGCGUGGCCACUUACGUCCUGGGCAUUGGAGAUCGACAUCUGGACAACCUGCAGAUCACGCCUGAGGGACAUUUCUUCCACAUCGACUUUGGCUUCAUCUUCGGCGAGGACCCCAAGCCCUUCGCGCCGCGGCUCCGCUUGCCGGAGCAGAUUGCAACGGUGCUCAUGCAGGAGAUGGACGAGUCCGGAAAUCUCUUAGACAAGUGCUUCCGCUUGGCUGCGCGAGCCUACAUCGCGCUGCGCCGCUCGAUGUCGCUCUGGGUGGCAUUGCUGCGCAUCAUUGGUCAGGCCGGCGGCGCGGGCUGCAGCGGUGCGAAGCAAAACGCAGCGGUCUUGGUGGUCAUGGAUCGCUUACGAGCAGACUUGGACUGGGCCUGUGAGGAAGAGAAAGCAGCGACCGAGUUCCUGUUGGUGUUGACGGAAAGCACUGAAGCCUUGUACCCCGUUCUGACUGACAAAGUGCACCAGCUUGGCCUUUUCUGGAAGUAACGUGUGCAACGCAUGCGUGGGAUGGCACCGUGUGUGUUGCCCAGCGGCGUGCACAGCAGAACUCCCAGAGUGCUGGCGAACUCGGCGGAGCAAAAAGCUCAGGAAAACCACGGCAGAGUGCUGGCGAUUGGUCAUCAAUAGUGAGGAAGUCCCAAAGAAUCAAGGUUCACCAUCUUCUCCAGAGAGUGAAAAGGGCC